ACAUACACUGGCCAUAACACGAGCAUACAACUCAGUGUCUCAUUCUCUCCCUCACUCUCCCGCGCUCUCCUUCGCUCUCUCUCUCCGGCUGGAACUGGUGAAGCUCAUCACUGUAACAACACUUACAGAGGAUUGAACUUUAUUGAACGUGGAGGAAACAUUUGAACAUUCUGUCGAACCUAUGUGACCUAACUGAAAAAAAUCUUGUUGUGGAACUUUGUGUAUAGUGUGGAACUUUUUUAUUUGUAGCAUAAUUGAAAACAUGCGAACUAAACUGAACUUUACAAAGCUUAUUACAUUUUAGCCAGAAGAGGAAUUUGCUUUUAAAGAUAAAUCAUUAUAACCUCUAGUACAUGAAAUUUCCCACGUGUAAGUUGAUGGAGAUCAGUUAGCUAUGCACAAAUGGGUGGAACACCUGGAAGGUAUCUACAUGUAGCAAGUAGUUUCAAGUCUCAAAGGUGACAGUGCUCCACAGGUCGAAGAGCUGAUGUGAAACUAGUAUUUCACACCAAAACUGGUGUCGUGGGAGAGCCCGCGUCACACCUCAUGUAAUAGACAGUUAACUGAAGUGUGGGGGGGAGGGGGUCAAGGCUAGGAAAUUAGAGCUAAGGCUGUGAAAUUUGGGUCAAGGCUCGAACUUAGGGCGGUUAUGGUUUGGUGUCUGCUCGUACUCUUCAAGAGUGACCUUUAAUAAUAUAGUUCUUACUGAUGACCCAAGACGAGUAAAGGUUGUAGAGGUUUGUCAGUCGCGACUCGAAGUUGAACAACGAAGCAGUGAAGGCCCCUCCCCCGUCCCCCUCAUCCCCUAUGCCAUGACCUUGGGUGGCGCUGAGGUCAAUAAUGGUGAUCUCAGGUGACGCCGAGGUCAAUAACGGUGACCUGAACUGGUCAAUCAUUGCUAGCUACGGUGAGGACCGCGGGCCCAUCCACAGCACCACCAGCAUGUUCUCCCUGGUUGGCCCGUGGCAGCUUCAGCGCCUCUGGCGACACACAGAGCCACCUCAACAGUUACACACAGAGCCACCACAACAGUUACACACAGAGCCACCUCAACAGUUACACACAGAGCCACCACAACAGUUACACACAGAGCCACCUCAACAGUUACACACAGAGCCACCACAACAGUUACACACAGAGCCACCACAACAGUUACACACAGAUCCACCACAACAGUUACACAGAGAGCCACCUCACCAGUUACACACAGAGCCACCACAACAGUUACACACAGAGCCACCUCAACAGUUACACACAGAGCCACCACAACAGUUACACACAGAGCCACCUCAACAGUUACACACAGAGCCACCACAACAGUUACACACAGAGCCACCACAACAGUUACACACAGAGCCACCACAACAGUUACACACAGAGCCACCACAACAGUUACACACAGAGCCAUCACAACAAACUGAACAACAUCAACAAACGCAGACACAACAAUAUAACUCACAUUCGCAGCAUAAACAGUGCCGCCGUGACUUAUGGAAAGAGAGCACGGUCCACUGGGAAGGUCCCGACUGUCAGGAGGUAACAUUAUGUAAUUGUGUUGAGCUGCACCUCCCAUUGCCGCCCACAUGUGACUUGCCACCGCCCACAACCACGCCCAGACUACCUCCACCCACACCCUCGCUCAAUCGUCUCCAUCCACCCCCAUCCACUCUCACGGCCAGUAAAACGCUGCCCAAACUUUCCCCUCCCACCGCCCACCACUCAGCUCAAGGGGUUGGCUUCCGGCCGGCGUCGCCGACGGUCCGGCGGGGCCGCUUCAUUGUCACGGAGCUGCAGGUUGUCACUGAGGCUUCAGACGCUGUUGGGAAGGUCUCUAGCGACAGUACAGGAUGCUUGAGUGUUCCCGAGACGCGCCAGGAGACCCCGGCGGCCAUGGUAGUAGCAUGUUUGGACCAACAAGGAAAAUGUUUGGGUAAAUGUGAAGAUAUAUUGUCGCAUAGUCAACAUGCUGAAUGGUGCAGAUGCAAAACUCCUGACUCAAGCCUCACUGCUGCAGCGCCAGGCAACACUUCUGCAGCUCCUUGUAACCCUGCUGCAACACCAUGCAACGCUGCCGCAACGACCUGCGACACUACUGCGACGACCUGCAACAGCAGCGGUGGUGACAUAGAGCGACAGGCAUCUAAACAGAAUUUAAUGCAACACAAUGAAUUUACACAGCGGCAGCAAGAUGGUGCUGUGUUGCAAAGUGUGGAGGGCGUGCGACGCUGGACUGACAGCUCAGGACAGCGAGCAGAUACCACUACACGACUAAAAGUAGACGCGGCCCGACUCGGGGAGUUUGUUGCGACGUCGCCCACUGUCCAGAGAGGUAGAUUUCAGGUCACUCAACUCGAACCCCUGACCAGCGACGCAGACGAGUCGGACGACGAAUUUUCCCAAAGUCCGCCCUCGCAUCUUGGGUCACAAUGUGAGAAAUCUGAGGGUGGCACUCAGCUGGCAACUGACGUUCACCAGCAUGGCAACAGCGACACCAAGCACCUGAGGGGAAUACUUGUCCUCAAGCAGUCCACAGCAGGAGACGCAGGAGGUCAUCAGGACCUUCCAGUUGUCCUGGUGACGCCUCCAAGGGAAGCUGCUGCAAGGGUCGUGGGGGUCGGAGGUGAUACUACUACGGGAAAUGUACAGACAGCAUCCCAGCCGUAUCCCUCGGUGGCAGAUGGAGAGAUGGAGGCCCUGUUGUCUCCGUCGUCGACGGAGAUGCCACGGAAGAAGAGUGUAAGGUUCUCCGUGCCCGUCCAGAAGGCCACUUCUUCUGUCUCCCUCAACAACAUGG